UCCAGGCCAGCCUCGCAGCUGUGGCUCGCUGAGAUUCCUCUCCCUCCUCGCGCCGUUCCUCCUGUGAGGAACCGCUGCUCUCUGAGACAUGGAGCUCCGGAUGAUCCCACCUGCUCUGCUCCUCCUGUCUGCCGCCUGUCUGCACUCAGUGUCCGCGGCGGCUUCAAGGAGAGGACCGAAAGUCACUGAGAAGGUGUUUUUUGACAUCACAGUAGGGGGUCACGAGGUGGGACGGAUCGUCAUAGGGUUGUUUGGAGAAGUCAUCCCGCUGACUGUUAGUAACUUUGUUGCACUGGCAACUGGAGAGAAAGGUUACGGCUACAAAGGAACCAAGUUCCACCGCGUGAUCAAAGACUUCAUGAUCCAGGGCGGAGACUUCACUGUUGGAGAUGGAAGUGGAGGUCACAGCAUUUAUGGAACAACCUUUGCAGAUGAAAACUUUAAACUGAAGCACUUGGGAGCAAGCUGGGUAAGUAUGGCUAAUGCUGGGCCGGACACUAACGGGUCACAGUUCUUCAUCCUGGCUGCCAAGGCACCAUGGCUGGAUGGAAAACAUGUGGUGUUUGGCAAAGUUCUGGAGGGGAUGACUGUGGUUCAUACCAUUGAACUGCAAGACACCAACGACAGGAAUCUGCCGUACACCGAGUGUGUGAUCGUGAACAGUGGCAGGAUCCCAGUCAAAGAGCCCUUCGUAGUGGAGGUGGAGGGAUGGUAAAGAAAGCUGAUGCACGUUUCUAUGUAGGACAAAAAAGUAUGGGAUGAUUACAUCCAGGUGCUUGAUCAGAAAUAAUUCCUAGUUCCACAAGCUUCCCAUACACAACCAUCCAUUCUCACGAACACAUACACACACACACACAUAUGGCCCACUCCUCUGGUCAUUUCCAUAAUGUCUGUAAAUAAGAAAAGUAACCAGUGUAACAACUGUGUAUUAGGAACAGGGUAACCAUUAAACAAGCUAACAUAAAGCCUUGAAUACUGGGCAUUACGAUAUCACAAAAUUAAUUCGUACAUUUCCGUCUGUUUUUGUUCGUCCGUCCUGAGCGUUAUCUCUGUCACUACCCCACAUACGAUGCAACCAAAUGAACGCUUCGUUUGUAUGUGUAUUUUGAGUAUAAAUGGGCCAUAAUAGUGUUUUGCAUUUUUCCACUGAGGUCAUACAUUUCCAGAUGCAAGUAGUAACUUUCAAUGGAAACAUACUUGUCAAAGUUCCUUAUGCAUCAACGGUGUAAAAGUAUUGCUGUUACUGCUUUUGUUGUUUAUUAUAACACUUUUGUGUUUACAGAAUUAUACACACUGUCCUACGAGUGUUAGGGGAACAUGUUGAAUAAUAAUGAAUGCAAUACUGGUUAAUGUGUUUUUCACUUGCAUGUUAGUGAAUGUAGCUGUAACCCUACAGUACAUGCUUACAAUGGCAGCAUGUUAAAGUCUCCAAAAGUUAUUUCUGAUUUAUGAGAGGUGACAUAAAUGACAUUUUACUUAAAUUAUUCAAAACAUUUAUCAGUGACAGUAAUUGUCAAACAAAUGUCCAAAGGGAGGGACUUUUAUUAUUAUAAAUUUCCUGAUGAAAUCUAGGGAAAAUAAUAAUAAUA